CUCAUGCAGUAUAGGCAUGCACUCUGCCAUUUGUACAAUGUUCUUACACGUGUCAAGUAACAAAAACACGUGCCACUCGAAAUUCUGACACUCUUCCUAUAUAGAGCUUGCUGUCUUUGGGAAGCCGAAAAGCGAACUGACUUGAUUUCAGAGAUGAAGCAUCAAAGAGCUUUGCUGGCUCUGCCAUUUUCAUUUCUCUGGUUCUUGUUGUUACUCACCCUUUCCUUGUACGGGAGGGCUUCGAGUUCUGAGAAUGUCACGAAGGAGGAGAGCCCUGCGAUGGGAAAAUCUCAGCGGAGAAUAUUAACAAGUACUGAAUAUGGAGAGGUUUCUGCCAUUGAUGUCAAAGAUGGACAAAGACCACCCUUCCAUCUUCAGUUCUUUACACUGGAACCCAAUUCUCUCUUCCUUCCUGUUCUUCUUCAUGCUGACCUGCUCUUCUAUGUUCACACAGGGAGUGGAAGGCUGAUUUGGGCAUAUGAUGGUAAUACUAAAACGAUAAGUCUACGUCAAGGUGACAUCUGCAUGCUCCGAGCAGGCUUUGUUUUCUACUUACAGAGCAACUUGGAAGCACAAAGGCAGAAACUUCGGAUUUUUGCAAUUUUCCCCAGCUCGAUUCAUAACCAUUACGACCCAGCAAUCGGCGCUUAUUCCAGAAUCAAUGAACUGGUGGGAGGCUUCGAUCAGAAAAUCGUGCAAGCAGCUUUUGGGGUUCCCGAGGAACUGGCGGCAGAAAUUUCAAGCAAAACAGAGACCCCUGCAAUAGUGCAUGCUGUUUCGAAGGGGAAAAGGAAUAUAUUGGGAUUGGAGGCUUGGAUUCUAAACAGAGCAUUAGGUGGUGAGAUUGCCACGGGCGUGUCCUCCAACAAUAAUAAACCCCUGGCAUAUAACGUCUUCGACAAACAUCCUGAUUUUAAAAACCGUUAUGGAUGGAGCCUCGUGGUGACCCAAAAGCAUUUGAAAUCAUUAAAGCACAUCAACAUUGGCUUCCUGAUGGUGAAUUUAACCAGGGGAGCAAUGAUGGGACCACACUGGAAUCCACUGGCAACAGAGAUAGCAAUGGUAUUGCAAGGGGAAGGCAUGGUUCGUGUGGUAUGUGGGAGCAGCAACAUGGACAAGUCUAAAUGCCAAAACAGGAGGUUUAAGGUGAAGCAGGGAGAUGUUUUCAUGGUUCCUAGGUUUCAUCCAAUGGCUCAGAUGUCUUUCAACAACGAAUCUCUGGUUUUUCUGGGCUUUAGCACUACAAUGAAGAAGACCUAUCCUCAAUUCUUAGCCGGAAAGAGAUCGGUGGCACAAAUUAUAGAUAAGCGCAUACUGGCGGCAUCUUUCAAUGUGAGUGACAGGACAAUUAAGCAACUCUUGCGUUCCCAGGAAGGAUCCAUCAUAUUAGGGUGUGCAUCAUGCGCAGAGGAAGAGGAAAGGAUCAUGAUAGAAGAAUACAAACAGAGAGAAGAGAAGAAAAGGAGAGAGGAGGAGGAAGCAAGAAAGAGAGAAGAGGAGAAGAGGAGACAGGAAGAGGAGGAAGCCAAAAGGAGAGAGGAGGAGGAAGCGCGAAGAAGAGAACAAGAGGAAAGGAGAGAGGAAGAAGAGCGAAAGAAGGAGAAAGAGAAAAGAAGAGAAGAAGAGAAGAAAGCAAAGGAAGAGCAAGAAGAGGCUAAGAGACAACAAGAAAGAAGGGAGGAAGAAAGGAGGAGGGAAGAAGAAAAGGAAAGAAAGCAUCAACAAGAAGCUAAAGAGGAAGAACAAGCUAGAAGAAAGCAAGAAGAAGCAGAAAUGGAGCAGGAACAAGCUAGCAAGGAACAAGAAGAAAGGGAAAGAAAGCGUCAACAAGAAGAAGCUAAAGAGGAACAAGAAAGGAGAGACAAAGAAGAAGCGGAAAGGAAGAAGGAGCAAGCUAGAAAGGAACAAGUAGAAAAGGAAAGGAAGCAUCAACGAGAAGAAGCUGAAGAGGAAGAAGAACAAACUAGAAGAAAGCAAGAAGAGGAAGCAAAAAUGGAGCAGGAACAAGCUAGCAAGGAACAAGAAGAAAGGGAAAGAAAGCGUCAACAAGAAGAAGCUAAAGAGGAACAAGAAAGGAGAGAUAAAGAAGAAGCGGAAAGGAAGAAGGAGCAAGCUAGAAAGGAACAAGAAGAAAAGGAAAGGAAGCAUCAACGAGAAGAAGCUGAAGAGGAAGAAGUACAAGCUAGAAGAAAGCAAGAAGAGGAAGCAAAAAUGGAGCAAGAACAAGCUAGAAAGGAACAAGAAGAAAGGGAAAGGAGGCGUCAAAUGGAGAAAGAAGAAGAGGAGCAAGAACAAUAUACUAGACAAGAAGAAGUGGAAAGGGAGAAGGAGCAAGUCAAAAAGGAACAAGAAGAGAGGGAAUGGAAGGGUCAACUGGAAAAAACAGAAGAGGAGAAAGAACAAGUCGGAAGACAGAAAGAAAAAGAAGCAACAAGGGAGAAGGAAUGGGCUCGAAAGGAACAAAAAGAAAGGAAAAUGAGACGUCAAAAGGAAGAAGCAAAAGAAAUGCAAGAACAGGCAAGGAGACACAAAGCAGAAGUGAAAAAGGAGCAAGGGCAAGCUAAAAAGAAAAAACAAGAAAGGGAAAAGAGGCAUCAAAAGGAAGAAGCCGAAGAAAUGCAAGCACAAGCAAGGAGACACAAAGCAGAAGUGAAAAAGGAGCAAGAGCGAGCUACAAAGGAACAAGAAGAAAGGGAAAAGAGGCGUCAACAAGAAGUAGAAGAAGCAAAAAGCAAGCAAAAGCGAGCUAUAAAGGAACAAGAGGAAAGGAAAAAGAAGCGUCAACAGGAAGAAGCAAAAGAGGAGAAAGAACAAGGUAGGAGACAGCAAGAAGAGGAAGUAGAAAGGGAGCAAGCGCAAGCUAGAAAGGAACAAGAAAAAAGGGAAUGGAAGCGUGAACAUGAAGAAGCAGAAGAGGACCAAGAACAAUAUCAAAGACGACAACAAGAAGAAGCAACAAGGGAGCGAGAGCAAGCUCGAAAGGAACAAGAAGAUUGGGAAAGGAGGCGCCAAAAGGAAGAAGUAGAAGAAAUGCAAGAACAAUCAAGGACACACAAAGAAGAAGCAAAAAGGGAGCAAGAGCGAGCUAGAAAGGAACAAUUAGAGAGGAAAAGGAGGCAUCAACAAGAAGAACAAGCUAUGAGACACCAAGAAGAAGAAGUUGAUAGGGAGAAGGAGCAGGCUACGGAACAAGAUAAAAGGGAAAGAAGACGCCAAAAAGAAAUAGAAGAGGAGCAGGAACAAUCAAGAAGACAUCAAGAAGUAGAAAGGGAGCAAGAGCAAGCCAAAACGGAACAAGAAGAAAGGGAAAGGAAGCUUCAACAGGAAGCUAAAGAGGAAGAGGAGCAAGUUAGAAGAAAGCAAGAAGAAGGUGCAAAAAUUGAGCAAAAGCGAACUACAAAGGAAGAAAAGGAAAAGGAAAGAAGGCGACAAGAAGAAGAAAGCAGGCAUCAACAAGAAGCAAAAGAGAAAAGCAAGCUAUGAGACCGCAAUAAGAGGAAGAAGAAAGUGAGCAGAAGCGAGCUGGAAAGGGAAAGAAGGCAUUGAAAGGAAGAAGCAGAAAAGGUGCAAGAGCAAGCUUAAAAACUGUAAGACGAAAAAUAAAAUAAAAAAUAAAAAGUCAAGCUGAUACGAACUUAUCAUAUUUUGUUAUUACUAGAUUUGGGUGGUUUCAUGCAUUGCACAUAAUGACAAGAAUGAUACUAUUUAUAUCUUAUGAAUAUAGUACAUCUUUUAUAUUGA